CUUCCUCUCCCCGGUGUGAGAGGAGAUGCAGGCGGGCAAACUAUGUGCAGCGCAGCCGGGCAGGGAGUGAGAGGAAGAGGAAGAGUAAGAGGACAUCUCCUGUAGCUGCAGAGGAAGAGGAAGAAGAAGAAGAAGAUGUAUAUAUGGCGCCUGUCCAUCGCUGUAACCCUCGGCCUGCUGUGGUACUUCUCCGACUGCGGCCGCUCUCUCACCAACUAUGUCCUGUGUUUCCUCGUCUGCUUCUCCUCGCCCUGGCUGCUGGGGAGCAGUGGGCGAGAGAGCAGCACCCAGACGGAUGAGGACCCCGAGGAGACCCCCCUGCAGGAUGGUGUUGAUGAAGACUUGUUGGAUGGAGGAAGCAGCGAGCAGACCGAGCUGCUGGAGUCUCAGUAUACACAUGUGAAGAGGUCUUUAAGACAAGUGUUUGAGUGCGUCUAUGCUCAGCUGGUCCUGCCCUGGUAUGCCGUUCCCGAGCCCCCCGAGCACCAGCCUCUGCACCAGGUGCUCAGCAGGGAAUUCGGCUACGUAAUCGACCGCAUCAUUGAGAGAGCAAAGGACUUCGAUAUCUGCCAGGCGGUGGUGGGAUCCAUUCGUAUUCUGACCCAGCACUUGCACAAUGUGAAGCAGUCUGACAGGGAGCUCCUGUUCAGCUCCCCAGCCGAUGAGGUCGCUGUUCUUCGAGAGCUCUCCGACGCUCUUGUGCGCAACCUUUUCUCAAAAUCCUUCUGGGGCCAAGAAGUCAACCGCUGUACCUUAAACGAGAUUGUGGCCUUAAAGGGGCUGGGCGUGUUGGUGACAUGGCUGUCCGACCCAGACAACCUGAACCAGCUGGUGCUGAGCCAACUCGACAGAGCGACCCCCAAAGGCUCCGUGGAGGAUCUGUGUGGGUCAGACCCGGAAGAAUCCUCUCUGGCUUCACAGGAGAGCAAAGACGAGGGCGAGGUCAGAGAAGUGGAUUCGGAGGGGGCAGAGAUUUCAACUAGCACCAGAGCCAAGAGCAAAAGGAAAGCCAACAAGCUGAAGGAAGGAUGGUCAAAGUUCGUGGAGAAGAUGAAGUCCAAGAAGGCCAAGAAGAAGAAGAUGAAAAUGAUGGAGCAGGACCUGAUGAUGAGGAUCCUAGCGAACCAGGAAAACGGACCCAACGAGGAGGAUGCCAGCAGCAGGGAGGGCUCAAUUUACAGCCAUCAGGACUCUGAUGGGGAGGACAGCGAUCUGGAGAACUACUUGACAACAGUGCAAGAGGACAUGAUGGAAUUCAAGCUGUCGUACGAGAUGUGGCGCGUUGGCCGCUGGGCUGUCAGCAUCCCUCAUGUCGACCUGGAGGAUGAGGAGCUGAGCUUCACCGUUCACCUGCAGGAGAACAACAGCCCGGAGAACCUGCAGUGGGACAUCAGGAAGACGUACAUGGAUGUGAUUUAUUUUCGCAACAGAUGGCAGGACUCGACCACCCUGCCCUCGAUCCUGGAACUGGAGGAGUCGGCUGCGAGCGAUGAGGUCAAAGAAGAAGCUCGAGUAUCAGUGGAGCACUUUCUACAGGAGUUGGUCUCAGAUAAUAUGAUCGGUCACACGCAACCAGUUUUUCAGUUCCUCUGCCCGCUUGACAAACUGCUGAAUGAAGAGGAACACUAUGAAGGCGUGUGGGGCCUCCUCAGCGGCUUGGCCUACUUCCUGACUCCAGGGCAAGAGGAGGAAGAGACCUCCAGCCCUCAGACAGAAACCACAAAGGAAAUCAUGAUGCCAUCGCCGCUCCCAGAAUCCUCAUCCCCGCCAUCAGAGAACCCUGUUGCCUCUACACAGGGUGACACCGAUGUUCCCAGUGCUACUUUCCCUUCUAUCCUUAUCUCUGACUGGGAUCCUCCUGCAGAACCACAACAGGAGGCUGAAGCAGAAACACAAACACCCUCUGCUGUUAACUCAGAGCCUUCGAGUAAUGACAAUGGUUUCCAGGACAAAACGGAGGACUCUGAAAAUCUCCUCACCUUCCGCUUUAAAACCAUCAUCAGAGGACUGUCCCGAUCCAGGUCACAGGAGUCUCUGGCCUCAACGAGAAUCAGCAGUGAGGACGAGCCGCCUGAUUUAGCCUGCUCGCCAACCUGCAGCCAGGAUCGAAGCUCGCAGGGGGACAGCGCAGAGGGUCCGUCCUGGCUCAAUUUCAGCGCAAGGUCAACUAAAAAGGACAAAAUAUGUUUCAGGACUUUAAACGGAGCGAGCAAAGCCAAAGGGAAGGAGCAGGGCACGUUUCCAAGAGGGGAGGACUCGGAGGUUCAGAGGAGUCAAGUCCACUGGGAGCAGCUGGAGGCGACCAAAGCCAUGUUUGACCUGCUGAAGGAAAUAUCUGGAAACUCCAUCCUCAUUAACAUAUUUGAUGCUAUUCUGAAACCUGUCAUGCCCAUCCUGAAAAAGAAAGUGAACUCUUUCUUAAACAAGAUGAACCCAACCGAGGAGCAGAUGGCCGCUUACAUCGACGCUCUGCGAGACAAACAGUGGCCGGAUUCUCAACCAGCAGCGCCUCCUCCCCCCCGUCGCACGGAGGAGGAGAAAACCAAGAGCAGGGAGCGAGCUAGUGACCUCAUCAAUGCCAAAUAUUCAAACUAUCUCAUUCUGAAGAAAACGGACAUGGAGUCAGUCUUUAAUAUUUUCCAGGACAGGGAAGAAAACAAAAAACUGGUCUAUAUGCUUCUAUCAUUCCUAUUCACCGAAUUUUUCCCCAGUGAACAUUCCCUAAAUGUGAGCGCUGCUGCCUUACUGAAAGUGACCAACGCUAUCAACUGAUCUGUGGAUCUUUCAUAACAUUUUUAAUGGUACUUUUAAGGCAUUUUAUAAUCGCAAAUAAUUUAUUAAAUAUUUAACAUGACAUAAAAUAUUGCAGACCUUUUUUUCUGAACUUUACCUCAAACAUACUGUGAAUUUUUGUUCUAUUUUUUUUAUUUUGCUAUCCUAACUUUGCAUAUUGAACUUUAGGUGUUAAACUCAGGAGAAAACAAAGUACAUGUCACAUUAAGUUUGAAUUUCACCCCCUCACGUUUUAAUGACAAAGAAUUUGAGUGUUUCUAACAUAUUUUGUCACUUUGAGCACGGCUUUAUGGUGAGUGUUUGUAUACUGGAUGAUUUGACCUAAAGUUGUUUUUAAAAUAGAAAAAUCUUAUCAUUACAGUUCACAUAAAUCUCUCAAAACAUGGAUGGUAUAACUAUCAA